AACAUUCAUUUCUAAACACAUUUUCAGUCUUCCAUUUACUCAUAACUCGAACUACCCCAGCCAGUACUAUUACCCUUUUAUAUCAUUUGCUGCAGUCGUAGUACGUAACAUCCCAUAAAUCCCGCAUCUUCCUUCUUCAUUUCAUUUUAUUCUCGAUGGAAGCUCUCAAAGUUCCCUCCCCUGUGUUACCAACUUUACUUGUCACAAACCAAAUGUCCAAACACAUUUUCAGUCUUCCACUUACUCAUAGACAACCACGAAUAACCCGGUUUUCAAAUUCAAAAUUCAAGAAGUUUAAUGCAGUUUCACCAUCGGUUUCAACAGAACCGGCAUUCUUACUUGAAGAAGAGGAAGAAGAAAUCGAAAGCGUUGAUAAAGAUGAGAAAUUUGACUGGCUUUCUCAGUGGUAUGCAGUAAUGCCAGUGUGUGAUCUUGACAAAAGAGCACCACAUGGGAAGAAAGUAAUGGGUCUUGAUGUGGUGGUUUGGUGGGAUCAGAAUGAGGAUUCUUGGAAAGUUUUUGAUGAUCGAUGUCCACAUAGAUUAGCUCCGCUUUCAGAAGGAAGGAUUGAUCAAUGGGGCAGGUUGCAAUGUGUGUAUCAUGGUUGGUGCUUUGGUGGCUCUGGUGAUUGCAAAUUAAUCCCUCAAGCGGCUCUUGAUGGUCCUCCGGUUCAUACCUUUCAGAAAGCGUGUGUAGCUGUUUAUCCAAGCACUGUGCAAAACGGAAUUGUUUGGUUCUGGCCGAAUACUGAUCCUAAACAUAAAGAUAUCCUUACACUGAAAAAACCGCCAUACAUCCCUGAACUCGAUGAUCCUUCAUUUACUUAUCAAGUGUUUGCUAGAGAUCUAGCAUAUGGGCACGAAAUCUUGUUUGAAAAUCUCUUGGAUCCUGCUCACAUUCCAUAUGCGCAUUACGGGAUACUGGGGGCGCCACAGCCCAGUGUUAAGCUUGAUCAGGAAGGAGGUAGACCUAUUGAUAUAAAUGUAGACAAAAUACACACAAACGGCUUUACAUCAAACCAUCGAAACGGAAAAUGGCACUUUGUGCCUCCUUGUCUGCUUUAUGGUAGUGUGACCACAUUUGGAGUAAAUCCAGUUAACGUGGCAAAAUCAGCCAACAAAAAGGACCAUUUAGCACAAAACCCGCCUAGCCAGCCACUAUUGGUCUUUAUUGCUGUUCCAGUCAGCCCGGGUAAUAGCAGAUUGAUAAUUGUUUCUCCUAGACAUUGGGAUGCUUGGAUAGAUCGAAUUUCUUUCAGAUGGAUGUACCAUAUUGCACAGAAUUUGGUUAUGGAUUCGGAUUUGUAUAUUCUUCACGUUGGGGAAAAGAAAGUAAUGCAGGCGGGUCUUUCUAACUGGAGAAAUGUCUGUUUCGUGCCAACCAAAUCAGAUGCUUGUGUGGUUGCAUAUAGGAAGUGGCUAAACAAAUAUGCAGGCGGCCAAGUUGAUUGGGGGGAAAAUUUUGAUUUAUCUUAUCUUCCGCCCACCCCUCCUAGAGAACAGCUUAUGGACAGGUACUGGACUCAUGUAGUGAACUGCAGCAGCUGUAGUGCAGCAUAUAAAGGACUUAAAGCACUCAAGGUGUCUCUUCAGGUGUUUCCUUUUGCUGCAGUGGCUAUUGCGGCUGCAAUUAAGGAAGGAAUGAUUACAAAUGUUGCAAGAACGACACUUGUCGUUGUUGCAGUGUUCUGUUUUGUCGGAUCUAAAUGGUUGUCUCAUUAUAUCUACGAGAAGUUCCAUUACCAUGACUAUAAUCACGCAGCCCGUUGAGACUUGUUGGUUCUCUUUUUAUAGUUACUAACUACUUGAACGGUUGAACCUCCCUUUUGAAGAUUUGGUUUGGUCUUAAUUUUUUUUUAUCUAUUUAGUUAUUCAUAUUAGAUGGAGGUUUGCUCAAUGAAGCACUUGUAUUUUUAGAUAAUUUUACAUAUCUCCGUAUAUGUAAUUGUUACCGACUAUUUGUUACGAUCACUAUGAUUAGAUUACUCAGAUGUUUUGGAUUCUUUGAA